AUCACAAUUGUGUGGUUGUAGUCAUCCUAUUUUGAAGUCAAGGGAGAAAGAUAUCCACAAAUAUUGCUAUCUCAAGCAUAAGUUUUGUGGCAAAAAUGGUAUACUGAAAGAAUCGAGAGAGUGAAGAGUGGGGUUCUUCCUCAUAUCUGGUACAAGGGUGAUCAUUUGGGUGUCACUUAAUUUAUAGUUGCAUUUUCUUCUAAUUUCCCGUGCUCUUUAUUUUUGGCUUGUAUGUGAUACAUGGGAACAAAUUUUGAAUUUGGUUAUCCCGUGGGUAAAGAAGUUGAAGAGAAGGGCCAGAUGCAGCUAAACGGACUUAGAUCACAGGGAGCGAUCCCCUCAGCUAAGGUCCCUAUCUGAGUCCUUACGAUGGCAGACACAUCACACCAUUCAUCAGUGUUUCAGAAGAUAUGUGGCCAUUCUCACCUCACUUCUAGGCUUUCCCCUGGCUUUCAGUCCAUACGUUAUAGUACAACAGGUGUACAUGCUAAUGGAGUCUUGGAGAAUCUCUUAAAGACAUCUUAUCAUGGUACUGGCUUGGCUGGAGUUUCACCUACUUCUCCGUUUCUUGUACAAGCUCCUUCUGAGAAAGGUGCAGCUGGGUUUGCUGUGGAUUUUCUCAUGGGAGGAGUAUCUGCUGCUGUUUCGAAAACUGCUGCUGCUCCAAUUGAGCGUGUCAAACUGCUGAUACAAAAUCAGGAUGAGAUGCUUAAAACUGGUAGGCUAUCUGAGCCAUACAAAGGAAUUACUGACUGCUUUGCCCGAACAAUUAAAGAUGAAGGAGUCAUUGCCCUAUGGAGGGGAAACACAGCAAAUGUCAUCCGAUACUUCCCGACACAAGCUUUGAAUUUUGCCUUCAAGGAUUACUUCAAGAGGCUGUUCAACUUCAAGAAAGACAGAGAUGGUUACUGGAAAUGGUUUGCUGGGAAUUUGGCCUCUGGUGGUGCUGCUGGUGCUUCCUCUCUUUUAUUUGUUUAUUCCCUUGAUUAUGCUAGAACUCGUUUAGCCAAUGAUGCUAAGGCCGCUAAAAAGGGUGGUGAGAGACAGUUUAACGGUCUUGUUGAUGUUUACAAGAAAACCCUUAAAUCUGAUGGCAUUGCUGGGCUGUACCGUGGAUUUAACAUCUCUUGUGUUGGAAUUAUCGUGUAUCGUGGUCUUUACUUCGGAAUGUAUGAUUCGUUGAAGCCCGUGGUUCUGGUUGGUGAGUUGCAGGAUAGUUUCCUUGCUAGUUUCUUGCUUGGAUGGUGUAUCACAAUAGGAGCUGGUUUGGCGUCGUACCCUAUUGAUACCGUCCGAAGAAGAAUGAUGAUGACCUCAGGUGAAGCAGUCAAGUACAAUAGCUCCUUGGACGCAUUCAAACAGAUCAUUAAAAAUGAGGGUACUAAAUCUCUCUUCAAGGGUGCUGGGGCAAACAUUUUGCGUGCUGUUGCCGGUGCUGGUGUGUUGGCUGGGUAUGAUAAGCUUCAGCUCCUUGUUCUUGGCAAGAAAUAUGGUUCUGGUGGUGGCGGUUAAAAGAGCUUAUGUGACUGCACGGAUGAGUGAAGGUUGUGUAGCUUCUCUCAAGUAAGUUGAAUUAUCUGUUAUGAAAAGUAUCACCAGAGUUCUGAGUGUUUGUUGUUUGUGGCUUGAGCUUGAGCUUGAAAAUGUAAUGUUGGUCAUUUAAGAACUACUCUUCACAUAGCAAUUGCCUUUAGCUAACGUCCAUCGUGUGCAGAAAUGUUUGUCUUUCGAGCAUUGCUCGUUUGUUUCGUAUAUCGUAAAGAACACGGGCACUCUGUUGUUUGCCGAAUAUACGUCUCAGAUACUGUUUAGUAUA